AUGUCUGACUACGGAGAUCACGACGCUGAGGAAACCUACGACUACGAGCCCGCGGAGGAGGUGUUCGACGAAAAUGAGCCCGAAGACUUCAUAAACCCCGAGGAUCUCGAAGGUGCCGAAGGAGGCGCCGAUGGCUAUGCGGAUGAUCAUUAUACGCCGGCAGUCAAUGGUGACCGUAUCGUCGUCUCUGGCGAUCCCAGUGCGGGAUACUCGGGCAAGGUGGUGGAACAAGCACGGGCGAAGAAAAUCCCCAAUGAAGAACGCAAGACAACCCCGUACAUGACCAAAUACGAAAGGGCGCGAGUUUUGGGUACCAGAGCUUUGCAGAUCAGUAUGAAUGCUCCCGUGCUUGUAGAUCUUGAGGGAGAGACAGAUCCUUUGCAGAUCGCCAUCAAGGAGCUGAACCAGAAGAAGAUCCCACUCAUUGUGAGGAGAUAUCUGCCGGAUGGAACGUACGAGGACUGGACGUGUGAAGAGCUACUCUAG